GUAGCGAUUCCUUUGUGCUCUUCUUUUCGCGGCACGGCACGCUGAGCUCGCGCUGGGGGUGUACACCACGGGACAGCCUUCCCAUCACUACUUUAGGAGCCGCAGGGAAGGGUGGGCAGUGCGCGCGCGCGCGCGGCUCACUCACGCGGGCACCUCGCGCCCGUGGAUCCGACACGUCGCACGUUCCACCGAGAGUUGGGGGGGGUGGGAUCGGUCGGGGCAGGAUGGCUCUUAGCGACAUGUGACCGCGUGUGUGCCGGGCGCUUUGUGUGAUUCCUCAUCUCGCUCCGGAAACACCUGAUCGGGGGAAAAAGAGAGCAGAGUGACGACACGACAGACAGAGAAACAUAGAGAAAUAUAGAGAGAAAGAAAGACGCAGAAAUACGUGCAGUAAGUAAAGUAAACCCGGCAGGCGGCUCGAGAUGGACAUGAAGGACCAAGGAGCGCAAAUGGAGCCGCUGCUGCCCACGUGUCCUUCUGUACAUCCAUCCUGUGAGGCUCUUACCGUGUUCUUGUACAAGGAGGAGAGCGGUGAGGUGACAGUGCUAGAAAACUGUACAUGUCACCUUUCCGCAACGUGCAGAAACGUACGUCUGAUCCCAAGACUACCAGCUUCGUGACGCAACGGAUGGAGGUUGUCACUCCUGUGGGAGGUAGAAAUGUGAGAAAUGAUGAAGAAGCUGUGGUGGACAGAGGCGGAACACGUUCCUUGCUGAAGACCAACUUCGAGAAGGAAGAGUUAGAAGGUCAUCGCACAUUGUAUAUUGGGGUGCAUGUUCCGCUGGGGAGGAAGACGCACAGAAGGCGCCGGCACCACGGACACCGGCACAAGAAGAGAGACAGGGAGCGGGACUCUGGCGUUGAAGAUGGCCGGGAAUCACCCCCCUACAACACCCCCUCGCAGAGAGUCCAGUUUCUGCUGGGCACAGAGGACGACGAUGAGGAACACAUCCCUCACGACCUUUUCACUGAGCUGGAUGAGAUCUGCCUGCGAGAUGGGGAGGCUGCAGAGUGGAGGGAGACUGCUAGAUGGCUGAAGUUCGAAGAAGAUGUGGAAGAUGGUGGCGAGCGGUGGAGCAAACCCUACGUGGCCACGCUAUCCCUGCACAGCCUGUUUGAGCUGCGCAGCUGCAUUCUCAAUGGCACCGUGCUGCUGGACAUGCGGGCCAGCUCUCUGGAGGAGAUUGCAGACAUGGUCCUAGACCAGCAGGAGGUGUCUGGGCAGUUAGGCGAGGAUGUGCGCAGGAAGGUUCGAGAGGCCCUCCUCAAGCAGCACCAUCACCAGAACCAAAAGAAGUUGGCCAACCGCAUCCCCAUUGUGCGGUCCUUUGCAGACAUCGGCAGGAAGCAGUCCGAACCACACUCCAUGGACAAGAACGGUCAGAUGGUCUCCCCUCAAUCUCAGCCCACCAGCACGGACGGCAGGGGGGAUGUCAGCAGAGAGAAUAGUGCUGUGGACUUCAGUAAGAUAGACCUUCACUUCAUGAAGAAGAUUCCUCCUGGUGCUGAGGCAUCCAAUGUCUUGGUGGGUGAGCUGGAGUUUCUGGACCGACCCGUUGUGGCAUUUGUGCGCCUCUCUCCAGCAGUCCUGCUUUACGGCCUGACGGAAGUUCCCAUAACCACCAGGUUUCUGUUCAUCUUGCUGGGACCUCUGGGAAAAGGGCAGCAAUACCAUGAGAUUGGCAGGUCCAUUGCCACUCUAAUGACGGAUGAGGUGUUCCAUGAUGUUGCCUACAAGGCAAAGGAUCGCAACGAUCUGGUGGCUGGUAUUGAUGAGUUCCUUGACCAAGUGACAGUCUUGCCGCCAGGAGAAUGGGACCCAUCUAUAAGAAUAGAGCCCCCCAAAAAUGUGCCCUCUCAGGAGAAGCGAAAGAUUCCCACGGUGCCCAACGGCACGACAGAGCUGGGUGAAGCGGAGGAGCACGGUGGUCAUGGCGGCCCAGAAUUGCAGCGCACUGGGAGGAUAUUUGGUGGAUUCGUCCUGGACAUCAAGCGCAAGGCCCCCCACUAUCUGUCAGACUUCACGGAUGCUGUGAGCCUGCAGUGCUUGGCCUCCUUCCUGUUCCUGUAUUGCGCUUGCAUGUCGCCCGUCAUCACGUUUGGGGGUCUGCUCGGCGAGGCCACAGAGGGACGGAUAAGUGCAAUUGAGUCUCUUUUUGGAGCAUCGAUGACAGGAAUAGCCUAUUCCCUCUUUGCCGGCCAGCCUCUCACCAUAUUGGGGAGCACAGGGCCUGUGCUUGUGUUUGAGAAGAUACUCUUCAAGUUCUGCAAAGAGUAUGGAUUAUCCUACCUCUCGCUGAGAUCCUGCAUAGGGCUGUGGACGGCCUUCUUGUGCCUGGUCCUGGUGGCCACCGAUGCCAGUUCGCUCGUCUGCUACAUCACCCGCUUCACUGAAGAAGCGUUUGCUGCACUAAUCUGCAUCAUUUUUAUCUACGAGGCAUUGGAGAAGCUGAUCCACCUGGGGGAAACGUACCCCUUCAACAUGAACAACAAUCUGGAGAAGCUCACCCAGUACUCGUGUAUCUGCGUGGAGCCCCCGGACCCUAGCAAUGCCACUCUUAGCUACUGGGAGGAGAGCAAUAUCACUGCUUCCGAGAUCUACUGGGAAGGUCUGGAAGUGAAGGAUUGCAUUGAGAAGAGAGGGGAAUUUGUGGGGAGCGCCUGUGGGCCACAUGGCCCCUACGUUCCCGAUGUACUCUUCUGGUCCAUAGUGCUGUUCUUCUCCACCGUGGCCAUGUCUAGUUUCCUGAAGGAUUUCAAGACCAGCCGUUACUUCCCCACCAAGGUGAGGUCGAUCAUCAGCGAUUUUGCCAUCUUCAUCACCAUCCUUACCAUGGUCCUUGUGGACUAUGCCUUAGGAGUCCCGUCUCCAAAACUUCAGGUCCCCAAUGAGUUUAAGCCAACCAGAGAUGACCGUGGUUGGUUGAUCAACCCCUUGGGCCCAAACCCCUGGUGGACCACCAUUGUGACCAUCAUCCCUGCUCUCCUCUGCACUAUUCUUAUCUUUAUGGACCAGCAGAUUACUGCAGUCAUCAUCAAUAGGAAGGAGCACAAAUUAAAGAAAGGCUGUGGGUACCACCUGGACCUUUUCAUUGUGGGUGUCAUGCUGGGUGUGUGCUCAGUGAUGGGCCUUCCCUGGUUUGUGGCUGCCACAGUGCUUUCAAUCUCCCACGUCAACAGCCUCAAGCUGGAGUCAGAGUGCUCAGCGCCUGGGGAGCAGCCCAAGUUCCUGGGCAUCCGUGAGCAGCGCUUCACAGGUCUCAUGAUCUUCUUGCUCAUGGGCUGCUCCGUCUUUAUGACCUCCAUCCUCAAGUUUAUUCCUAUGCCUGUGCUUUAUGGAGUAUUUCUUUACAUGGGAGCUUCCUCACUUAAAGGUAUACAGUUCUUCGACCGUCUGAAGCUGUUCGGCAUGCCAGCAAAGCACCAGCCUGACUUCAUCUACCUGCGGCACGUUCCUCUGAGGAAGGUCCACCUCUUCACCAUCAUCCAGCUCAGCUGCCUGGUUUUGUUGUGGGUCAUCAAGACCUCUAGGGCAGCCAUCGUUUUCCCUAUGAUGGUGUUGGCUCUAGUUUUUAUUCGGAAGCUGUUGGAUUUCAUCUUCACUAAGAGAGAGCUGAGCUGGCUGGAUGACCUGAUGCCAGAGAGUAAAAAGAAGAAACUAGAAGAUGCCAAACAAGAGGAAGAGCAAAGCAUUCUGGCCGAGGAUGAGGGAAUAGUUCAAGUGCCAUUGGAAGGGCAUCAUAAGGGUGACCCUUCCACAGUGAACAUUUCUGAUGAAAUGUCAAAGACUAAUUUUGGGAAUGUCUGGAAAAGCCUCAGCACAGAAAAUUCUAAAAAAGACCCUAGCUCCAAAAGGUUUGAUUUUAUAUUUUUACUUUUUUCUAAAGAAGGCUCGACUAUCCAUCCAAGAUCAAUAACUGCUUUUGCUGAGCAGGGUUGCAGUGAUCCUGGAGCCUAUCCCAGAAACACUGGGCGCAGAGCUGAGGGAGGGUACACACUUGACGGGAUGCCAUUCCAUCACAGGAUGGCCACACAUGAACACGCACUCACCCAUUCAUGCACUAAGGGUAAUUCAGAGACAUCAAUUCACCUCAAGUACAUGUCUUUGCAUCCCACACAGGGCAGAGCAUGCAAACUCCACACAAAUCAAGCAGGAAUCAAACCCAUGUUAUUUUGCACAGAAUUAUUUACUGCUGACUUUGUUAUAUACUGUAUGUAUGCAACUUUAUUUAUUUAUACAUAUACAGUAUUUACCACUUUUUUUCUGGGUAUUGAAAGGCUAAUGCAUGAUCUGCAACACUGCCCACAUAAUCCCAUGAGGAUAAUCUGCACUAUAGGUCAAUUUGCAGUUAUGAGUUUUUUUUUUUUUUUUUUUAUACUAAGCCAUGGAAAGAUAAUCCAUAGUUCCUCCCAUGUUUCACCAAAAUGUUUUUUUUAUGCCAAGAUAUAGGCAUACACUUAAAUUGUUAAACUCUGUCCAAAUUUCCCAGAUAUGCACUGCCAACAAUUUAUUGUUAUCAGGAGCUUACAGAUAAUACAGUCAUAAUUGUCCCAAAAUCCCAAUUGUGGUUUACUUUAUUAAGCAGAAAAUUCAGAUUUAUUACUUGAUUUCACAUCAGGAAUUAAAGCAAUGAGGUUUAUAUUACUGAACUGUCAGUUUUUAUUUGUAGCCAUUUAUGUUAUAUUUUUAACAGCCACAAUUAUGUCUCACAUAAAGUUAAAAUUGUUUUUCCGUAGAAGGUUUGUGUGUAAUUACCAGUGUCUUUGUCUAAUUUGGAUAAAUUCAUUUUCAAACACAAACCCACUCAACUCAUUCAGGAACAAAAAGAAGAAAAAAAAAUCACAUUUUAUAAUCACCAUUUUCACGCAGGAUUUCAUUUUAAAUCUGGAUAAUGAAUGCGGAAAGAUCUGUGAAAUUAUCCUUUUAUGCUGUAUAUAUUCAGCAUUUGGCAGAUGAACACAGCUCUUAAUCCUACUUAUCCUCUUAGCAGCUUUUUAGCAUACAAAGAGAAGGUUGGCCCUUCUCUUGUGGGGCUGAUAAAAUAUUAACACAUUCUCUACGUAUGUUUCAUUUCCAUUUCUACCAUAAGCUCCCUUUCUUAACCUCGUAGAUGCUGAUUCUCCAAAGGUAAGACUGUGUUCCUGUUCGCUCUUCUUUGCUCGUGUUGGCUCUGUUUUGUAUCCGUACCACUCUUUAACAGUGCAGUUUACCUUUGUUUGAGAGAAUAUGUUCAACUGCCACUAUGAAUUAAUAUGCCAUUAUGAGAUCAGCUAUUUAGUUUCAGGUGUCCGUUCGAAGUUUCCAGACAUUCUGGAUUUGGGAACUCUUGCAUGUUAUCAGACAAAGAUCAACUGCAUUGUAAAAAUACCGCAUAAUUAUACAAUAAUAAUCUGAAGGUAUCACACUGCCAUUUUCUGUUUAAUUAAAUGUGUUGCUAGUUUAUUGGGAGGAGACUGUAAGAUUGCAUCUUUUGGAGUGCAUUCUAUAGUGUAUGAAGAGGGCUUAACGCAUGUUUAGGCUGGAAUGAGACGGUCUCAGGAGAUGGCCAUAUAUGCAUAUUAAUCUCCUAAACACGUGCCAGCUAAAGAUCAGCCAGCUUGUUGAUGAAGCCUCCUAACCGGAGCUGUGUGCAUGCAGACCCUUUGUUACAACCCCCAUGCCUGUGAAGGACACUUCUCAGGAAGAAGGCCACCUAUACUGAUGGAGUAAACACAUGAGGCAAUGAGUUUUCUGUUCAUUGUGCACAGGAGAACUGUCCAUUCGCAGGCUAUUUACACACUCCAGCUCACACUUUCAGCACUUAUAUCUCUCAACUGUCUAGCUUAUAGACAGGUCUCUUUUCCGGAAAGUUCUCGUUUAUAUGUACGAUUUGCCUUAAUGUGUCCAACUGGUUGUUCCCACAAAUCCCUCCAAGUAAAAGUGUUCGUCCUGCUUGGCAGUAGUAGCUCUCAGAUGCUGGGCAGUUGAAAGGUAUACAGUACAUCAUGUUUACCAGUGAGAAGUUUUCAUCUGAAUGGAGUAACACGCCACCUGUCUUUUCUUCGUAGCUUUUCUGAUCACGUGAGCAGACGAGAGAGAAGGACAAACGUGGAGAAGGGCUUUGACAGGGAGACCAGCUUGUGAUGU